AAACCUCAGUUCAAUGUUGGAUUCCGAAAGAAGACUUACAAAAUUGAUCAUUUUUCAGGGUGACGGUAAUAUGCGGAGGAAGUGGCUCUAGUGUAGUGGUAAAAGAGGAUAUUAUCUCGGUGCUAUUUGCAGCGAAUCCAGUUACCGUUGUUGAUACUGUGAGAAAUGUAGACAAAUGAAAGUUUUAAAUGUUGGAUCAUAUCUCGAAGGAAUAAAACUGUUGAAGCGUGUAAGUUUGAUUAUAUUAUCGAUUUCUAGAGUGGCUACCUGAAGGUAAUUGCGGAGAAAUGCACAGUGAUCUAGGUGAAAUGGCAGAAAAACAAAUGAGGUGAAGUGGAAAUUUCAAAAAUUUGAAAAACUUGGGAAUACUAAAGUUAUGUCAAAAUGGUUGAUAUGUCUGAUGACUCCAGAAACUCCCAAAAGAUCACCGGUUACCUAGAGAAACGCGGGAAAUUGAAAUUGAUGAAUUCAUGGAAAAGAUAUUGGUUCGUACUCGAAGGACAUCUGCUUCUUUACUACGGCUCCAAAGAAGAAUACGAUGCUCUAUCACCCUGCAAAGGUACCAUAACAUUGGGCCCCACCUGUACCAUAAAACCCUACCAGUCAACCCCUUCCAAAUUUCAAAUCACGACCAGAUCAGGCUGCGCCAUAACUUUGAGAGCUGAGUCUGUAGCGGAACAGAACAAAUGGAUGCAAGCCGUCUAUUCCACCGUGAACGAAAACCAGAAGAUCGACAUAAGUCCAACAAAGCUGUGCCAUUUCAGAUAUUCAACGGAGAGAGUUGACACGUUGGCGACCAAUGCUGAUCAACAGAAGUCGGAUAAUAUACCAGUUCCUACAGAAGCCGAGCCAUCUCCUACGAGAACUUUGGAAAAGGACGAAGGACAACUCCUGGAGAGGUUACAGAGGAUUGGCGCCAGAUCUUACUGUGAAAACAUAGUUUCCAAUCACCAGAAGAUAGUGAACAAAACCACCAAACCAAAAAAACUAGAUUUGACAUCGAACGAUAAAGUUUUAACGAAUGAGGUUAAAUCAGAAACUGCAACAGUUUCUCCAAGAAGGCUUCAAUUUUCCCCCAAAAUUCCCAAAAUAACUGAAGAACCAACAGCAACCAAAGAAGAAAUGGUGAUCCUCGAAGACGAUGAUUAUUGUGUAUGUACCCUCGACAAGAAUGAAGAGGUUGAAGUUCCUAAAAACUCACCCACCACAUCACACAGAAGCAUCAGUUUUUCUGAUGCAAGAGAAGUCUUCAAUCGAAGUCAAGCCAAUAAUACAAGCACGAAAAUAAGAAAUAAAAACAGUUCCGAAUCCAAUGUUAGUGAAAGGAAUCACGGAUCUCCUAAAGUUCCAGGAAAAAUGCGAUAUUUCAACAGGGAAAAUUCAAAGAUUAUGGAAAUUAAAGAAGAUAACAACAACAACCCAAACAAGGAAGUAGAAGAGAAAUCUGAAGAAGAAAAACUAGCAAAUUCAGAUGGAAUAGCUGAAAAUGAGAAGCCAGAAAGCAUGCCCACAGACAAAGAACCCCAACAGAAUACCCAAAAGUUAGAAGACGCAUCCUCAGGCAAUCAAGAAAAUCUAGACCUGAGGAAAAACGAAAAACAAUCGAGUCGGAUUUCAUUACUAGGAAACUAUUACGAAACGGAACCAGAAAAACCAACGAGUUAUCAAGAUUUCCGAGAAAACGAACUAUACGUAAAAAAACUAGAAAAAAGCAAUGAAAUUUCUGAACCCAACGAAGAAUUAUAUUCGGAACCUAAAUCUUUCGAAGAUGCUACAACACGUAGGGAAAAUCCAGAGUUUAAAUUUCCUCCACCACCUUUUGAAGCUUAUGCAAGCAUAGAUGAUCUCACUUCAGAUGAAAUAACAGAAGAUGACGAGUAUUUGUAUGAAGAACCUGAAGAUUUCAUAUGGCAGAAUGAGAUAUACGAACCAUCAAUAAACCAAAAUGAACAAAUAACAAAGAUUAAAGAUAUUAAAAAACCAUUUAGAACUGACGUAGACAUAGACGAUGAUUUGUAUGAGGAAGUUGAUAUGGAUUUUGUAUACAAGAAGUCCAUCGAAAGAGGAAAAGACUCUUUUGAAGUUCCAGCAAAACCAAGAUCUGAAUCAGAGGAAUCAGAUAUGAACAUGUACGAAGAGGUUGAUUUCAAAGAUAAUUCUAGAAUGCAUAGACAAGUUUCUGGUGUACAAAUGGAAAAUGAUCUAUAUGCUGAAACAGAAAAAGAAAAUCCAUUGAAAGAUUUCAAAUAUCACCACCCUAAACAUGCAGAAAAUGAUCGAAAACUAGAAGAAAAAACCAAGAAAGACUCAUAUAAUCAGAGUCACGCUCAAAGUAGGAAUGAAGUACAAAUUGAAAAUGAUUUAUAUUCAGAGCCAACAAAAUUAUUCGACAAAGAUCAAAAAUCAACAUUGAAUCCUAUUGAACAGCGUCCCUCCACCAAAGAAUUACAAAUAGAAAAUGAAAUAUACGCAGAACCUAACCAAGUUUUCGGCAAAAUGGUGAGUUUGAAGACCGAUAAGACUGAGGUAAAAGAUGAAAAACACAUCUCUGCCCAAGAAUUCCAGAUGGAAAAUGAUUUAUACUCUGAACCUAACAUAAUUUCAGAAAAAACAAACAAGUUCCAGCGUGAAUCUUCAGAAGACGAAGCUUUUUACACUGAGCCCGAUUUCAAACCAAUAUUUUCUAGACAAAAUUCACGUACAGAGAAGGGAACUAUGGAUAAAACAUAUACUGACAAGCAAAGGAAUUUCAAAUUUCGUGAAAACGAGUUAUAUUCUCAGCCCAAUUCAGAAGAAUUGGAUGAGGAACGAAGAUCGGUGGAAUUCGAUGAAGAAAUAAACGUUUACGAAGAUCCAGACCAGUUGAAGUUGAUGUCACAAAUAAAGGAGAAGAAGAAGAAGCUGCAGAAAAGCGAGGAGUUGAAGAAACAAGACAAUUUCAUCCAGAGGCUCCUGAAGCAGGUGACGAGGAAGCAUGGUGAGAAAAGUGAUAAGGGUUCAUCUUGCGAUAACGCAGAUGAAACUUUAGCCUUACUGGCUGAUAUCCAGGUUCUGCUAGAGAAGAAGAAGCAGUAUAUUAAAGAGAUGGUUACUAGUGGUUCGAAGCCUAACCAUAGACGAAUAUUAUCGGAGACCAAUGCCACGGUAGAAAACAAAGAUAAAUCCUUGAUGAGGACAUUUUCCAUAGGUCUGAACGAGGAAUACUCAGUGGUACGAGACUGUAUCGGUGACGAGAACGAAGUCAUCUACAGCGAGGUGGAGAUGAUGGACAGGAGCUCAAAAGAGUUAAAAGACAUCAUUGAAGACCUUUUGAGCAGAUACAAGACUAACGAGCAAAAAGAAAGCGAUUUUCAGCCAUGUACUGAGAAAGAUUGACUUUUAACUGGAGAAUGUUACAUAUACGAAGAGAUUUUGAAAAUCUUAUAUACGAAUUUAUUUUGUUAUUGUUUUUGAUUUUGUUGAUAAAAUAUUUCACUUU